CAAAAUGUCACAGUAAAUAUUGGUUUUGUUAAAUGUAAUGCAUAUAGCAAUAAUUUUACUAAAACUUAACUGUUUUGUUUAUUCAUUACCACUUUUAUCCAACAGUAAUCUGGAAAAUAAAUUACAAGAUGUUACAGAAAUUAUACAUACGGACUAUACUGAUGGAUCUAUAGAAACUAUUAUAAACAGCACAAAUUCACAACUGUAUCAUAAUAAUUUUCAAACUUUGUUUAAAAUUGAAAAGCUUAAAAAUAACCUAAAUUUGAAAGGCAAUAUUUUCGAUAGAAUGCUGUCAGAUGAAAUGUUUUCAAUAAAACAAAACUUGUAUGAAAAAGAAAACAACUUUGUUUCAACGAUAAAAAUAAGCACGAUUGCUAAACGUGUACCAACACCGACUCUUGAACUAAAACAAAUGUGGCCCAUUGAGAAAAUUCAAUCGAAUAACGAAAAGAAAGCAAAUUUUGAAAAACAUUUGGAAAAUAUUGAAGAUGCUCCAGUACAAAAUCGUUAUACAGUGAAUAGCAUAUUUAAAAUGAGCAAUCAUAGUGAGGUUAAAAGCAAAGUGUUAGAAAUGAGGAGUUUAUCCAAUCAUAAACAGCACAUACAGCGAAAUAAUAAUGUUUCAAUUGUUAAAAAAACUUGUUCUUGUAAAAAUGAACAGACUCGUAGCACAAAAUCACAUUGCUCUCACACUACUAGUGCACUAGAAUCUAGCGCUUGCAGCAGGUCUGCGUCAAGUUCUUACCCUUUUUAUAUAACUUAUCAACCGUAUUUAGUUACCGUCAAGGAUGUUAAUGAUUACAUUUACUCUGGUAACAUAGAUAAUUUAAAUUUUCCAAAUGAUUAUAAAGAAGAAAUAUUAUAUCAACCAACCUAUCCUAAUUAUGAUUUCAAUGUAAAUGAAAAGAAAGAAAACUACGAUUAUACCAUUGAGGACCAUGAACAAAGUAAUAAGAAAUACAGACAUAAACAUAAAAAUAAGAAACAAUAUCCACAAUAUGAUGCAGACAAGGAAGAAAGCGAUGGCAAUAUAAUAAUUAUUGAUAAAGACAAGUCUGUCGAGGACAUUGUAGAGGAUUUAAAGAAGCAUUAUGGUGAUUUAGUUAUUAAGGAUUGCUUCUGUUCAUCAUUUACUGUUAGAUUACGUUUUGAGACUUUGCUAAUGUUUUCAAUAGUUAUUGCUAAACUUUUGUAGAUUAAAAUAUGAACAAGGGUACUUAUGCUUUUUAUACAAUAAAAUAGUAUUUUGCCUUUAAAUCAUCAUCACCCUUAACAUCGGAAUAAAACUCAAAUCAAGCUAAUAUUAAAU